ACUUGUGCUUUCAUAUUACCCUCCUUUUCUUUUUCCAAUCUUCCAGGAAUACCAUGAGCUGGAUACUCCAGAUAUCUACUCUCAGAUCGUGUUCAACCGUACGGCAGACCAGGUGACAAAGUUUGAGGAGGAGCGAAGCAAGCCUGCCUUUAACCCGGCCUGGAUCCUCAAGAUCACCUGGGACCAUGUGAUGCCCGUCUCCUAUCAGAAGAUCAACUUCUCAGAGACAAACACUUUCCAGUGUGUGCUGACCACGGAUGGAGAGCGCUCCUUUGCCCUGCUGCGUUACGGGGACAUGCUCUGGGGUCCCGGCCAGAGGCAACACCACAACGCUCUCAUCGGCUACACAGAUGGACAAUUCUCCCACAAGGAACCCACUGAACCAUCAGAGAACCCUUACAGGCCUGCGGGCAGAUACAGGCCCCAGCAGGUGGAAGGGUUCAGGGGAAAGUUUGGCCAGCUGGUGUAUGAUUUAACAGGACCAGAAGGGUCAGAAGUGGAUUUCGGUAUCCGGUGCCAGGCGUGGGCGAUGAAGGAGCCCGACCCCGCCGAGUGGACACACGAUCUGUCUUCGUGUCCCUGCACCCGCACACAGGCCCUGGAGGACCUGUCGUUCCUGCAGGAUACUGCUGAUCCGGGUUCGGAGGUGAAGGCUCUGAGGGGUCAGCGGUGGGGGGGCGCAGGAGGACAUGUCUUCCUCUCCAUCCUGUCCAACAGACGUGGAGCAGGGAAGAGGUGUGUGUACGAACCAGACGGCCCCCUGCUGGCCGGCUACAACGAACGCUACUUCUCUGGACACAGCAUACAGAAACAUAUUGAUAAAGAUCUCCUGCCUUUCCAGUGGUGUUGUGUGGAGUCUCCUCUAUGCCACCUUUACCUCGACAAGAGACCGCUGGACCGUUGCCAAGGUUACAGCUGGUCCAGCCCUGACGGCUGCACUCCGACCAAGAAGGCGACGCAGGGCGUAGCGAUGGUGUAUGGCAGCCUCCAUUUCAUCACCUUCGAUGGGACGGAGUACUCAUUUAAGGCCCUGGGAGAGUUUGUGAUAUUGCGUCUCUCUUCCACCACCGGCUCUAAUAUCUUCACCCUGCAAGGACAGACUGACAAGCUCCACACAGACGCAGAGGGGAUCAUUGAGGUCCCAGUGGUGGUGCGCAUGGCUGCCUUCCACCAGGGCAUUGGCAAGAUUGAAUGGAGAUGUGCAGAGAACAGCGAUGGACUGCAGGUUCUUGUAGAUGAUGCCGAUGUCCCAGUCACAGUUGGUAACGAUCAUCUUGUGUUAACAUAACAGUUCAUUUUAAAAUGUAGCUUAUUAUCAAACCCAUGCUGUGUUCCAAUACCCAUACUUCCAUGAGUACACUUAGACGCAGUACACUAUCCGCACUUACUAAGUACGUAGAUUUCAGCAGGUGAGUGUUGUUCCAAAUCGAAUUCUCAGUAGUGCACUUACCGGAAAUUACGCUCGCGACAGCUGCCGCGGCUCGUCACCCGCGAAAAACUUCCCGUUUUGAACGGCGAAAAAAUUACCCUUUGUGUUGUUUAAUCUUUACUUCUACAAUCCGGCAAUACGGCUCCAUUAACGCAGCAAAUGUGGAGAAUUCGCCGGCGUCGUCAGCAACGUUACCUACUGCUCCGCUGUUGUUUUGGCCGCCAUUACAAACAUUUUUUUCGAGCUGAGCGGCUCUGCCUGGCUCCGCCUCUUCCGCUACGUAGACAAGAUGGCGGCCGUUGAGUGCGUAUAGUGUACAUCGUUCCACACUCAGCGUUUUGACCGUUAUGAGGGCAACAUCCGGGUCCUUUAGGUACACUUCUUUUCGCUGCAAUCAGAA